UCGAUUCUCGCUCGGCUAGUUUGGUCUAGUCAAAAUGGCGAGCCUCAUGUAGGUCGAGUGUGUCACAGUUUCAUCAUCUUUAGAGAGUUUAUUUUACAUCUUGUGAGAUAUCCUGACAAACCAUGUUAACUAACAUCGCUCUGCGGUCUGUUCUGAAGACGUCGGUGGGUGUUUUGAGAGAGAGCAGCUCAGCUCUGUCAGUGAAACCCUGCUGGACAUCCUGCUGCUCGGCUCUACUGCAGGGACCCAGAGCCAGCUGUGGUGCAGGGAGCUUUGUUGUUCUUCCACCAGUGAGACAUUAUGCUCGGGCAGCAAAGAAAAAGACGACGGGCCCCGAGAGCCAGCUCAGUGAUCUUCCUCCAACAAUGCUGAAGAUGGAUUAUACAGCCGUGCCCCUCGCUCAGACGACUGAUGAUAUUGUCAAAAGACUUCUGUCAUUGGAGUUGGCGAGUCACAGUGAAAAGCUACAGCUGAAACAGGAACAGCUGAUUGCUAAAGUCCAGAGGGAUGAGGAUGAUCGCAACUCAGUGGAAGUCCGGGUGGCUGUUUUCACUGCAAAAAUCCGAAACUAUCAGGAGCACUUGCAAAAACAUCCCAAGGACAAAGCUAACAAGAGGCGGAUGCUCAUGUCCAUUGACCGAAGGAAAAAGCUUUUAAAAAACCUGAGGUUGGUUAACUACGACUCCUUUGAGAAAGUGUGCGAGCAGCUGGGCAUCACCUAUACUUUCCCUCCAGAGUACUACAGACGGGCCACUCGCCGCUGGCUGGCCAAGAAGGCCUUCUGCAUUAAGGUCUUCAAGGAAGUGCAGAAGCAGAAAGCAGAGCAGAAGCUGAAUAUGAAGCAAAGUUUAGCCUCCACGGACGCCGACGCAGCCAAGACAAAAGCUGUUUAGACUCACUAAAAGACAAUAUACUGUAUAUUACAACAAUGGAUUCUAAAUGCAGAAGCUUUACUUUUACAUCUUAUGUGUAUAUGUGGCAUGUGGAUAAAUUGCUCCCUUUUUCAUGUGUUAUCAUCACACAAUGUUCUUUUGCUUUCAAGUUGAUGUCAGAAAUAAAAAGUUGUAUUCAAAUGUC